AAAAGAACGGUUCCAGGCCUUCCUCAAUGGGGAAACCCAAAUUGUAGCUGAUGAAGCAUUUUGCAAUGCAGUUCGCAGUUACUAUGAGUUAAUAGGCAAAUGGAGGAAUGAACCUGCUUAGAAUUACUCCUUCAACUCAUAGUUCUGUUUCAUCUCGACUGUUAAAGCUUAGCAUCCUUCUACUUCUUAGCCUUCCUGACUCGAAAGGAAAAGCAAUAUGGACAGCUCACCUGAACAUAACGUUUCAGGUUGGAAAUCGGAUUGUAUCAGAACUAGGAGAGAGUGGAGUGUUUGGGAAUCAUUCUCCUCUGGAAAGGGUAUCUGGUGCAGUGGUACUUCCUGAAGGUUGGAAUCAGAAUGCCUGUAAUCCUUUGACCAAUUUCAGCAGACCUGAGCAGGCAGACUCUUGGCUGGCCCUCAUUGAACGAGGAGGCUGUACUUUCACACACAAAAUCAAUGUGGCAGCAGAGAAGGGAGCAAAUGGGGUGAUCAUCUAUAACUAUCCAGGUACAGGCAACAAAGUAUUUCCCAUGUCUCACCAGGGAACAAAAAAUAUAGUCGCAGUGAUGAUAGGCAACCUAAAAGGCAUGGAACUUUUGCACUUGAUCCAGAAAGGAGUUUAUGUGACAAUCAUCAUUGAAGUGGGAAGAAUGCAUAUGCCAUGGCUGAGCCAUUAUGUCAUGUCUCUGUUUACCUUCCUGGCUGCCACGAUUGCCUACCUUUUACUGUACUGUGCCUGGAGACCUAGAAUGCCCAAUUCUUCCACCUGGAGGCGAAGACAAGUGAAGGCAGACGUGAAGAAAGCUAUCGGUCAGCUUCAAGUUCGAGUGCUCAAAGAAGGUGAUAAGGAACUAGAUCCAAAUGAAGACAGUUGCGUUGUUUGCUUUGACAUGUACAAGCCCCAAGAUGUAGUACGUAUUUUAACUUGCAAACAUUUUUUCCAUAAGACAUGCAUUGACCCCUGGCUUUUAGUCCAUAGGACUUGUCCCAUGUGCAAGUGCAAUAUUUUGAAAACUUAAGAAACCUGGAGAAUUUUCUGAAGAUGUAACCAGAUCUUUCUAAAGAUUGAGAUUAGAUGAAUGCUUUAUUGCACUUCAUUUAUAGAGAAAAUUUCAACUUUAGCUUCUCUGCCUAACUACCAA